UACCGAGCGAGUCAGUGCGGUAUCUGUCCACCAUCUCCUCGCCGACCUCCUACCCGCCCUCCCUCCCUUGGUACCAUCAUGGCCGCCUCAUUCUCUGCUAGGCGCGGCAUGUCCACGAUGGCUACCAGGUCGCUGAGCAGACGCUUUGCAGAGGUCGCCCUGCUGCCUGGCCCAUCGGCGUGCAAGAGCACCCCCGCCUCAUCUUCCUGGAGUCGCGCCUUUGCCUCUACCUCUUCUCCAAGUGGUGCUAGCCACCUGGUCAGGUACUCUGCCGCUCAGAGGGGGCUACCACCAUUCACAAACAGCUCAUCUCCACAAAGCCGCGCAGCUUCAACGUCCACCACUACCACUCCACCCUCGCGCCAACCGCCGGCAUCUCCCGUCUCGCAACACCAUCAACAAACCCAAGGUCGUGCUCUUCCCACUCUCCCCUCUCGCACUCCCAAGCUCCUCCUCCUAGCCCUCUUCUCGGUGAUAUCCUGGUCAGCCUUCACUCUAUACGCAAUGAAUGCCGAACGAGCCUCCUCGUCCGCCUUCCGCUCCGUCCUCUCACAGCUAAAGGAUGAUCAUCGCGUGCAGGAGUUCUUGGGUGGGGAAAAGGGAGAGAGACCCAUCAAGGGAGAUGUCAAGUGGUAUGCUGGUGGAAAGGUAUGGGUGGGCGGAACGGUGAAUAUGAUGCAGGGGAGGAUCGAUGUUACCUUUGGCAUCAAGGGAGAAAAGGACACUGCAACCGUCUACUUUACCUCUUUCCGCCCCACACAGUUUGCCAACUUUGAGAACCUGAGGUUCCUAGUCGUCAAUGAUCGCACAGGGGAGAAGAUCAGCCUGUUGGAAUGACUGCGAAAGGAGGUCGAGGAGACGUAGGAGAGGCAAGAAGGGCAGGACAGGGCGCCAGACCGAGAGAUCGCCUAUGUGAUUGGGGAAGACGGUUCACUCCUAUGAGACUUCAUGUGAUGGUGGGUAUGUAAUCUACGACUUUGAUUUGCGACUCCUCGCCUCGCCUCGCCACAAUGACUGUGCUCCAUGCGCAGACUCUACAAGGGGCCCGCCUCUCUACUCUCAUCCCAGCGAGCCCAGCACCCUGAUGAACUCGCCCGGAGAGAGCAACUCUGUGCACCCAUACGUGAUCUUUCUACUGUUUGGGCCUUGCCCCAUCCCUCCAGCUCCCGCACCUCCAUAC